AUAGCGCCAUCUGUUGAAGUAGGGUACAGUUCUUGACAACGGAGACAACAAACUAUUCCAAUUAAAUUAUAUUUUGUUCGUCUGUCAGCGUCUUAUUAGUAAUAGAAAUUCUUCAUUAAGAGAUCAAGAUGACGACACCAAGAGAGACUGAAACGAAUGAGUAUCUUGAUACACACAGGAUACCUGAGUUGUUUCAUAAUAUCACCAGCCAGCUUGUAUUUCACAGACCGGAGAAUCCAAAGACGUUUAUGAUCGACUACAUCUCCAAGCUGAAAGAAGGUCGUACAACCCAAAUGAAUUAUCCCUGCCUGUUUGAUGAUACAAACAUUGACUCUGUAUUUGGCAUGCUAGACCCCACCAAGAAAGGUCAUAUUACACUUGAGCAGUAUAGAGAAGCAAUGCAAACCAUGGGCUGUCAGAACUUUGAUGAAAAGCCCACUGGGGUAGACCGCGGGCGUGUCACAGCAGACAUCUUUGCAAGAGAAGUGAAAGCUGGUUUAAAGAAGGCAUCAGGAACCUUUGAGCCGCUGAUCUAAAACUACUCCUGACUUGUAGCUCAUUGAUCCCAACCAUGGAGGUCAAUUGACUCUCCAUCCAUGGAUGUCCGAGUCCUUCCUGUGAUCCUGCUGGCAGGCUUGAACAUUAUUCUUCAUUUAAAACUUUCAACUUUAUUGAUGAUUAUAAAAGCAUGCUUAUCCACAUAACUGGCAUUCUUUACUGGACUGUUGGAUACUUGAAAUGGGCACCCCCAAAAAAUGCUUGGUUGGAAUGAGACUUCUAUAGUUCUUAAACCCCUUCAAAUUACCUUUCGAGAAUGCUGUGUAGAUAUCAUUCAACAGAGGUAGACCUUUUGUUUGUUUUCAAUGAAUUAAUGGCAAUGAUUCGGUAAAGACAUUCUUUAUUUCUUAAUUGGUACAUGACUCAUUUUUCUCUUCUUUUUUUCUUUCUUUCACCUUUAACAUAGAUUGGAUUCCUAAAAUAUCCACACACAAAAA